CCAAUAAACCAGAAUAUACUUAAAUACUACCUGCAAAUCUCCUAGACUACAGUUAUUGUCAGUUAUUGCAUUAAAAUAACAUGUACAGUACUGCCACUGGCACCACAUAACAGGAAAUACCUUUUUAAUUCAAAUUUUGAAAUAAUCUGCUACCUCUAUUGCUUAGAAACAUCUGGGCUGUACAUUUAUCUUGUGUUAAAGUAAAAUACUUUCUGUUUAAAGAGAUAUCUUUAAAUCAUUUUUCUCUUUUAAUGGCUGGUUAUUUAAGCUAUGGAUACAGCUGAUGAAAUGGAUGAAGACCAACUUACAGAAUAUGCAAUUCAGCUGAGCAUCCAAGAGUCAAUUCAUGCUAGCAAAUAUCCAUCGUCUGCAUAUAGAGACAGUUUGGCAUCAGUUAGUGAGGAAAACCGAAGGAUUGUAUCAGCUAUAGAGCUAGGUGAAAUAUUUCUCCUCCAGCAGCUGUCUAAAUGCACGCUUGCCUUUGGGGAAGCAGAUGAAAGGGGGUGGCUUCCUCUGCACAAGGCUGCAGUCCAGCCAAUAGACCAAGUGCUGGAGAUCGUUCUUGAUGCUUCCAGUCUGAUUAAUUUGGAACAGGCAACAUUAGAUGGAGAGACAGCUCUUACUCUGGCUGCUCAGGCGGGACAUGAUGGGAAUGUAAAGGCACUCCUUGAGAAGGGGGCUUCCCCUUACACCACGAACAGCAAGCACGAAUCUCCUCUUCUUCUCGCUGUAAGGCAUGGAUCCUAUGACAUGGUGUUGAACCUUAUCAAAAACGGGGCCCCAGUGGAUCAGUUUUGUAUUAAACGAUGGACAGCAAUGCAUGAAGCAGCCAAGCUGGGUCUGAGCCACAUUGUGAGGCUCUUAAUAAGAAGCGGUGGGAAUGUUAAUGAAAAAGAUGCUUAUGGAGUAACACCAUUAGCAACAGCAGCUGAAUAUGGCCAGACAGACGCGCUGGAGCUUCUAAUUCUUAAAGGGGGCAAUAUCCAUGCCACAGCUGAUGAUGGAGCAACUGUGUUGUUUGAUGCAGCUGGAGGGGAUCCUGAUUGUGUCGAUGUGCUCUUAGAAUAUGGUGCAAGUGCCAAUAUGCCCAACAUAUCUGGUCACCUACCAAUUCAUAGAGCAGCAUAUCUAGGUCAUUACCUGGUACUGAAAACUCUAAUCCCGAUAACUUCUAAAAGUGCCAUUAAAAAAAGUGGCUUAAGCCCUAUGCAUUCAGCAGCAGACGGAGGCAGUGAACAGUGCCUUCAACUACUCAUAGAAAAUGGCUUUGAUGUGAACGUGCUGCUCGCCCAAUACGUAUCUGAGAUCUAUGAAGAUGAUCGGAAAACUCCAUUGUAUUUUGCCGUGUCUAAUGCAGAUGUUACAUGCACUGAGUUGCUGCUUAAAUAUGGUGCAGACCCAAACAAUGAUCCCUUAAACUGCUUCCUUGUGGCAGUCCGCGCAAGGAGCUAUGAAAUUGUGAAAUUACUCCUGGCUCAUGGUGCUGAUGUCAAUUGUUGGUUUAUGGUAGUGAAUGACACUCACUUCCCUACUGCCAUCCAGUACUGCUUGAAAGAUGAGAUGAUGAUGCGACUUUUGCUGAACAAUGGCUAUGAUGCCAAUUUGUGCUUUGACUGUAUGCAUGGUGACAGCUCAGGAGCUUCCUUUGCAUGGAGACAUCUGGAGACAGGGUGGACCACCUGUGUGAGUAAGGAUACGCCAUUCUGUGACUUUAUCACUGUGAGCUGGCUGACUGACGUGGCUGGAAAAGCAGUCCGGAUUCUUCUGGAUUAUAUGGACUUUGUUCCAAUAUGUUCUAAAUUGAAGCCUUGCCUGGAGAAGCAAAAAGAAUGGCCAGAGAUUUGUGAGAUACUCGAGAACCCACGCCCACUGAAGCACUUGUGCAGGCUGGUAAUACGCAGACAAAUGAAGCUAUAUCGCCUACAGAACCAGCACUUCAUGGACUUGCUGCCCCUUCCACCCAUUCUUAAACAUUAUAUCUUGUACAGGGAGUAUGAUUUAUAUGGAAGAUGCAUUAACAUGAAAUGAGUAUUGACCCUUUUUUAUGACCUUCCAUACCGGUAUAUAUUUUCUCUGCCUGUACAUGAAUUUUGAACAUUGCUCAAUAUUAAUUUAAAAAUUAACAAAACCUUUUUUUUAAGCUUGCACACAUUACGGUUUAUAUAUAGUAUUUAUAGUAUUAAAAAUAUAUAUAUUGAUGCAAUAUAACAGAAAGUUCUAGAAGUCAAGUUAUAUAUAUGUUGCAGAUACACAGUAUGUGUGUGCAUAUUAGACUAUAUUGCAUUACUUUUUUUGAAAUUGCUUUGGGCUGCAUUUUCCACAAUGGGCAACAGACAAAUUCCUAGUAAAUUAAUAAAGUGGGCAAUUUGCACACAGUAGAACCCUUAAUCUUAGUUUUAUCUGCAAAUGUGUGCAUUCACAGAUCAGCACUAUCCACAUACAAUAUAACAUGAAUUGUUUGUAAAAUGGAAUUGGAUGAUUUAAUAUCAGUCUGUAUUUCUUGUACAGAAAUUGAGACAGUCACACAGAACCAGUUUUCAUACCGAAUUAAGUUACAGUAUAUAAAGAAUCAAUACAAUGAUUCAGAAUAUAUUUUGUUUUAAAUGUAUUUAGACUUUAAUAACGAGUGCAGCAUAUUGUUGGUAAUUGGCAGCCCAUCUUCUCUGCGUCUCAAAUUUUUACUCGAGUAUCAAAAGCAUGAGUCAUCAUAGAGUUCUCUCAUUAGCUUUGUUUGCCAUGUGCUGUGGAUGAGUCGCAGCUUUCAAGGACAGCAUUGUUAUGUAAAUAUAGAACAAUAUUAAUCCAGAACUAUGUAGGAUUACAUUGAUUUCAGAAGGCCUACAGACAGCGUUUUAUCUGUAUCCGCAGACACGCAUGGGUGUAUAUAUAGUGUACAGUAUAAAGGCACAAUAAACUUUCCUAUAAACUUUAUUUUGGCUGUUAAUGGAUAUUGCAAAUUAGUUUCAGCUUUAUUUCACUGUUUCAAUUUGGAUCUUUGUCUUUGAAUCAGAAUAGAAUAAAAUGAAGACACCUGAACUGCGCUUGUUUGUUU